AGAGGAGUGAUGGGAGGAGGUGACGUGGCCUUGACGGGACCCUAAACUGAAAUGAGUGGCGGAAACGAAACCCAAUCAGCGAUCAAAUUGGCCGGGCCCUCCGCAGUCUCCAUUUCUCCCUGAGCGCCAGAGCCUUCGGGAAAGCACCAAUGAGCUCGUACUGGCGUCUGAUUGGCCUUCACCUGAACCAAUCAACAGAACGGUUGGCGGACGCGUUCCCACCCUGGCGUCUCACUGGGCGGUGUAGAAUGCCAGGGCCGAGAAAAAUACCAAUGUCCGCUGGGUCUUCCUCAAGUGACACUCGGAGGCUCCAAUCGACAUCCUCGGUCUCAGAGGCCGAGCCUUCCUCCCCACGGAGGGCCUGGUGGGGCGGGGACGCUGCGCGGCGGCGGCUGAUGCGCUAAUCGUGUGGGGCGCUCCCGGCGGCGACGGCGGCUCUGGUCGGCGGUUCCGGUCCUGUCUCUCGGGGCGGCGGCGGCUCAUGGCGGCGACCGAGCUGAGGGGAGUGGUGGGGCCGGGGCCGGCAGCCAUUGCAGCUCCAGGCGGCGGCGGCGCCGGUCCCCCCGUGAUGGGAGGUGGCGGCGGCCGCGGAGACUCAGGGCCUGGAUCCGGGGUCGCUUCUGGGACGGUGGCCGUGGCGGUGGCGGGUGGCCCGGGCUCCGGGCCCGGAGGAGUGGCGGCGGCUGGCCCGGCUCCUGCACCGCCGGCUGGGGGCUCGGGCGGCUCGGGCACUGGGGGCUCGGGCUCAGCUCGAGAAGGCUGGCUCUUCAAAUGGACCAAUUAUAUCAAAGGCUACCAGCGGCGGUGGUUCGUGCUGAGCAACGGGCUCUUGAGCUACUACAGGUCAAAGGCAGAAAUGAGGCAUACCUGCCGUGGUACCAUCAACCUCGCCACAGCCAACAUCACAGUUGAGGACUCCUGCAACUUCAUCAUUUCCAAUGGGGGUGCUCAGACCUACCAUCUGAAGGCUAGCUCAGAAGUGGAACGGCAGCGCUGGGUGACAGCCCUGGAACUGGCCAAGGCCAAAGCUGUGAAGAUGCUGGCAGAAUCGGAUGAGUCGGGAGAUGAAGAGUCUGUCUCACAAACCGACAAAACCGAGCUGCAGAAUACCCUCCGGACCCUCUCCAGCAAAGUGGAGGACCUGAGCACGUGUAAUGACUUGAUAGCCAAGCAUGGCACGGCUCUGCAGCGCUCCCUCAGCGAGCUGGAGUCCCUGAAACUGCCUGCUGAGAGCAAUGAGAAGAUUAAACAGGUCAACGAACGGGCCACACUCUUCAGGAUCACGUCCAAUGCCAUGAUUAAUGCCUGCAGAGACUUCCUCAUGUUAGCCCAGACUCAUAGCAAAAAAUGGCAGAAGUCACUACAGUACGAAAGAGACCAGCGCAUCCGGCUGGAAGAGACCCUCGAGCAGCUGGCUAAGCAGCACAACCACCUGGAGAGGGCCUUCCGAGGGGCCACGGUGCUGCCGGCCAACACUCCUGGCCGCACAGGCUCUGGUAAAGAUCAGUGCUGCUCUGGCAAAGGGGACGUGAGUGACGAGGAUGAGGAGAAUGAAUUUUUUGAUGCUCCUGAGAUCAUCACCAUGCCUGAGAAUUUGGGCCACAAACGCACCGGCAGCAAUAUCAGUGGAGCCAGUAGCGACAUCAGCCUUGAUGAACAGUACAAGCAUCAGCUGGAGGAGACCAAGAAGGAAAAGAGAACUCGAAUACCCUACAAGCCAAACUACAGCCUCAAUCUGUGGAGCAUCAUGAAGAACUGCAUUGGAAAAGAACUCUCGAAGAUCCCCAUGCCGGUGAACUUUAACGAGCCCUUGUCCAUGCUCCAGCGCCUUACUGAGGAUCUGGAGUACCAUGAGCUGUUAGACCGAGCUGCAAAGUGUGAGAACUCUCUAGAACAGCUCUGUUACGUUGCAGCUUUCACCGUGUCCUCCUACUCCACCACUGUCUUCCGCACCAGCAAGCCAUUCAACCCGCUCCUCGGGGAGACCUUCGAGCUGGACCGCUUGGAGGAGAAUGGGUACCGAUCCCUCUGUGAGCAGGUGAGUCAUCAUCCCCCUGCUGCUGCACACCAUGCUGAGUCCAAAAAUGGCUGGACGCUACGUCAGGAGAUCAAGAUCACCAGCAAGUUCCGAGGCAAAUACCUCUCCAUUAUGCCCCUUGGUACCAUUCACUGUAUUUUCCAUGCCACUGGGCACCACUACACUUGGAAAAAAGUUACCACGACAGUGCACAACAUUAUCGUUGGCAAGCUUUGGAUAGAUCAGUCUGGAGAGAUUGACAUCGUGAAUCACAAGACAGGAGACAAGUGCAAUCUUAAGUUUGUUCCCUACAGCUACUUCUCUCGGGAUGUAGCAAGAAAGGUGACAGGGGAAGUGACAGAUCCAGCAGGAAAAGUUCACUUUGCCCUUCUGGGGACAUGGGAUGAGAAAAUGGAUUGUUUCAAAGUUCAGCCCGUCAUUGGGGACAACGGGGGUGAUGCUCGCCAGAGGGGCCACGAAGCGGAGGACAGCAGGGUCAUGCUGUGGAAAAGGAACCCUUUACCGAAGAAUGCCGAGAACAUGUACUACUUCUCGGAGCUCGCUCUGACUCUCAAUGCCUGGGAGAGCGGCACUGCCCCCACAGACAGCCGGCUGCGGCCUGACCAGAGACUGAUGGAAAACGGGCGCUGGGAUGAAGCAAAUGCUGAGAAGCAGCGCCUGGAGGAGAAGCAGAGACUCUCCAGGAAGAAGAGAGAAGCCGAAGCCAUGAAAGCCACGGAGGACGGCACCCCCUAUGAUCCCUAUAAGGCACUGUGGUUUGAACGGAAGAAGGAUCCUGUUACCAAGGAGUUAACCCAUAUUUAUAGGGGAGGAUAUUGGGAGUGUAAGGAGAAACAGGACUGGAUCACGUGCCCGGACAUUUUCUGAGGCGGCACAAGCACAUCGAAGGAGGAUCCAAAGGAGCAGAGGACGGAUGUGCAGGGAAGCUGGCAGUUGUGACUCUUCCCGAGUGCUUUCCUCAAGUUUGUCUGUCUUAACCAAUCAUUUUUUUCCAAAUCAAUCACCAGAAGCAGACGCCAGUGGUGGUGAUUGGCUGGUUGCCUUAGCUGAUUGAAACUGCAAUCGACAUUGUAGAUACUGAUGCGUGUGAGGGAGAGGCUCAGCGGCUGACAGUUGGUGUUACUUCCCGUCCGCAGAGUCAGGGACUCUUGGCUCUUCCCUGUCCUUCCGCCCCCGUUUAAGAGGAUGCCACCCACCCUGCCCGUGCAGUAUCCUGUGCAGCCAAAAUCUACAUAAGGUGACGAUUCAGGGGCAUUUUGGUGCUGUUCAGAGCAAGAGCUGAUCUUAGAAGUUCCUCUAAAAAGAAACACGUGAGACUCACCAGCGGCGGCCUCGUGCACGGGGGCGGUGGAGCUGAGCUGUGACGGGAAAUGGGUUCGCAGAUGGCGCAGGUGACGGGGAGUCUGUGCAGAGAGAGGUGCGGCCUCGGGGUCCCUGCCACAGGCAUCUUCCUGCAGGACCGGAGCGUGCAGGGUUGCACCCUUGGAAGUUUCUGUCUACACUUGCGUAAAACACCCUUCCGCACUCCGUCUUCUUCGACAGCAGCUGGAGGGUGGUUGGGGGGAGGGGAGCGUUACCCUCCUGAAGGGCCUUUCUACAGUUCCUCGGGCGGAGAACUGAGAACACGGGGCAGGAUGGAUGAAGACCGCUGCCACUUCCGCUUUCCCACUUCCUCUUCACCCCUCCUCCCUUGCUUCCCCACCUUCUCUCCUUCCUCCUGGCGCGCUGCCGCACCGGGCCCCAGCGUGGAGCAGAACCAUGCCUGCCCCGUUCUGACAAGCUUCCGAAUCUGAGAGAAGGCAUUAAUCUGGAAUAAAAGUUUGCACCAUCUCUCAAGCCCUGGACUGGAGCCGCCCCUGGAAUGAUGUGUUAAAUAGCUGUAUAUUAUAUGUAUAUGUAGAGAAAAAUCUAAUUUUUUUUGUUUGAUUCCCAUUAAGAACCUUGUUUUUUG